ACGAACUUACUAAAAGUACUAUACAUCAUCAUCAUCAGCAAGUGGCGUCAGCUGUGAAUUGUGAGUCAUUUCCUAGCUAUUUUUUCCAACCUCAACCACUGAGAAAUUCGGAAUCACUUGCUAUACACAGUGAGGCAGUAAUCAGUAAGUAAUUUACACCCACAUCAAAUAGUCACGCUAUGGCUGCCGCUGUGAAGAAUAAACCACGCAACGCUCAAGUUGUCAAUGAUUCCUUGGAAAGUACUCGUCGCAUACUCAGCAUGGUGGAGGAAUCCGAGGAGGCGGGCAAUCGCACUCUUGUAGCGUUGGGUGAUCAGGGCGAGCAAUUGGAUCGCAUUGAAGAGGGAAUGGAUCGCAUUCAUGCGGAUAUGCGUAAGGCGGAAAAGAAUAUCAGCGGCAUGGAGAAAUACUGUGGCAUCUGUGUGCUUCCAUGGAAGAAAGUUAAUCUGAAGGACGAUAGCGUCUGGAAGGCGAAUGAUGAUGGCAAAGUUGUUGCAAGUCAGCCGCAGCGGGUGAUCGAUGAACGCAAACGAAAUGAAAUGGGACAACCAGCGCAAUCGGGAUAUGUGGCACGAAUAACGAACGAUGCACGUGAGGAUGAAAUAGAUGCGAAUUUGGGGCAGGUAAAUUCGAUAUUGGGCAAUUUGCGUAACAUGGCGAUUGAUAUGGGAUCCGAGUUGGACAACCAAAACAAACAAAUCGAACGCAUCAAUGCCAAGGCUGAUUCCAACAAUUCGCGCGUGGACGGUGCUAAUAAACGCGUAAAUAAUUUGCUCAAGAGUUAAUCAGGUGUCAAAAUUGAAUGAUCAAUUACAACUACUUGAUACCGAUAAACACCCCAUCCAUCGCUACCAAUUAAAUUCCUGCAAUCUUACUCUCACUUGAAACUUUCACCAGUAGAUGCAGCAACAACAAAAGCACAACAAUAGCAUCAAAAAAGAAAUGCAGCAAUUAUGAACUAUGUACUGGGAACAAAAACCUACUACAGUUAUUUAGCAGUUCUUUUAGUUGCUUUAAUUAUGGCGAUAUCAACAAUUAAUGAACUUUUAUAUUCAACGUAUACACAAACUACUUAGUAAACGACUAAAGCAACGAAACCUCAACUUGAACCCGAAGCGAAGCAAAGCAUUUAUAAGUAGGAGGAAAAG